UGUCGUCGUUCUGCAGCUCUAGACUCCAGAAUAAAACACUUUUAAAAGCUUUUUAAAUAAACAAUAGUUUUUUAUUAAUAAGGAACGACCCAAAGCCGCUCAGAUCAGAGAACAAAUCGUUAAAAAUAAACUGAGUUAAGUUCUGCAGGUGAACCCGCAGCAACCAUUGGACCAGACCGGCUCUAAAUGUAAAGUAACGGGACUUCGUGGCCGGAGGCAGCAUCGCCUCUUUGGACUUCUCUUCCCGUCCGGACCGGGUCGGUCCAUCCGGUGAGUGGCUGAGUGUGCGGUUAGCAGGAGAAUGAAGAUCUGCAGCCUCCUCCUGUAGGACUUCACUGCAUCUGCCUCUGAACCGGCUCCUGACAGGACCUCCUGAGCAGCCAUGGAGGAGCAGCAGGAGGACGAGAAGGUCAGCAUGGACUAUCUGCUGGACCUGGUUCUGCAGAAGGACCUGGGCAGGAGGCUCCAGGUGGGCCAGGAGGUCACAGAGCUGAUCCUGAGCCAGGACAAGUGUCCUGGGCUGGAGCAGGACCAGAGCAUGCUGGACAGGAUGGUGGACACGCUGGCCAGCUCCUGGGUCAACUCCAGCAACUUCAAGGUGGUUCUGGUCGGGAUGGACAUCCUGUCGGCUCUGGUCAGCAGACUGCAGGACAGGUUCAGGACUCAGGUGGGGACAGUUCUACCCAGUCUCAUCGAUCGACUGGGAGACUCCAAGGACCAGGUCCGAGACCAGGACCAGUCUCUGCUGCUGAAGAUCAUGGAUGAGGCAGCCAAUCCCCAGUUUGUCUGGGAGAGGAUGAUGGGAGGAUUCAAACACAAGAACAACAGGACCAGAGAAGGACUGUGUCUCUGUCUCGUGUCCACUCUGAACCUGUUCGGCUCUCAGAGUCUGACUCUCAGUAAAAUUGUCCCUCACCUGUGCAACCUGCUGGGAGACCCAACAGCUCAGGUGCGGGAUGCAGCCAUGAGCUGCCUGGUGGACAUUUACCGGCACGUGGGGGAGCGGGUCAGGAUGGACCUGGGGAAGAAGGGUCUGCCUCAGUCACGGCUCAACAUGAUCUUCAGUAAAUUCGAUGAGGUCCAGAGGUCGGGGAACAUGGUUCUGUCACCUUUGUCAGAUAAAACCUUUGAGGAUGAUGAGUCUGUGGACGGCGGGCGCUCCUCCUCCUCUUCCAAAGCACUGUCUUUGCCGGGGAAGAAGAUAGCGAACACGGGUUCCUUCAGACGACCUUCCUCCUCCUCCAGCAGCAAGUCAGCAGGGAGAGACGGUUCGGCUGCAGGAGCUGUGGAUGAAGAGGAUUUCCUUCUAGCCUUUGAGGACGUCCCCACAGUCCAGAUCUACUCCAGCCGGGAGGUGGAGGAGACCAUGACAAAGGUCCGAGACAUCUUGACCGAUGAUAAGGGAGACUGGGAGCUCAGAGUGUCCUCGCUGAAGAAGGUGCGCUCGCUGCUCCUCGCCGGAGCUGCAGACUUCGAUGAGUUCCUGCAGCAGCUGCGGCUCACGGAGGCGGCGUUCAAGCUGUCGGCCAAAGACCUGCGCUCCCAGGUGGUGAAGGAGGCCUGCGUCACUCUGGGACACCUGUCCUCUGUGCUCGGCAGACGCUUUGAUCACAUGGCAGAGGUCGUCAUGCCGACCCUCCUGAACCUGGUCCCUAACAGUGCCAAAGUCAUGGCCAUGUCCGGCGUGGCCGCCAUCCGCCUCAUCCUCCGACACACACACCAUCCCCGUCUCAUCCCCAUCAUCACCAGCAACUGUACCUCCAAAUCUGUGGCUGUCAGAAGACGGUGCUUUGAGUUUUUGGACCUGGUUCUGCAGGACUGGCAGACCAUCAGUUUGGGAAGACAUGUAGCUGUUCUACUGGAGUCCAUAAAGAAAGGGAUCCACGACGCUGAUGCAGAGGCCCGCUCUGUGGCCAGGAAGUGUUACUGGGGUUUCCACGCCCACUUCAACCGGGAGGCGGAGCUUCUGUACCAGGGUCUAGAAUCGUCCUAUCAGAAGGCUCUACAGGCUCACCUGGGGGGCGGAGACAGCGUGAUGUCACUGCCGGCAUCGGAUCGCUCCUCCUCCUCAUCUCAGGAGAGUCUGAAUCGUCCGUUUUCUGUGAAAAGUUCAGCAGGAAGCAGCAAAGCCAGAUCCAAAGCAGGCCACGCCUCCCGGACGACCACCGCCAGCACCGCCUCCUCCCCGGGUUUGCUGCAGCGUUCUCGCAGCGACGUGGACGUGAACGCCGCGUCCUCCGCUAGCACUCGCACCAGGAUGCCGGCCGUCUCCUCGGCCGUGCCGUUCAGCGCGGCCUCGGCUCUUCCUCCCGGAUCCUACGCCUCGCUCGACGCCCUGUGGUGUGUUAAUGCAGACGGUCGGGUCAGAACCCGGAGGACGGGUUCAGGAAACGCUCCUCCGGUGACGGACAGCCGCAGUCGGARUCGAGGACAAGUGGUGUCCCAGUCUCAGCCCGGCAGUCGCUCCGGGUCUCCGGGUCGCCUGCUCGGCUACGGCAGAAUCCCGAGGCCGACCCCAGGUGGAGGCGCCAUCGGAUCCUCCGGUGGUCCGAAAGAUCAGAACCAAGCUCGAGGUCACCGCAGUCAGGGCUGCAGCCGAGAGACMAGUCCCAGCAGGUCCGGUUCAGUGCGCAGCCGGAUCCCUCGGCCUAGCGCGAGUCAGGGCUGCAGCAGGGAAACCAGCCGUGAGAGCAGCCGGGACACCAGUCCUGCUCGUGGUUUCUCCCCGCUGGCGAGCCGCCCUCACUCUCGUUCAACCAGCGCCCUGUCGUCUGCAGACAGCUGCUCAGAGCGUCUGACCCAUCAGGCCCGGAUCUCUGCCUCCGUYAAUGCCAUGAGGGUCCUGAACACUGGCACCGAGGUGGAGGCUGCGGUCGCCGACGCUCUGCUCUUAGGGGAGCCCAGGACGAAGCGGCGCCCGGCGAGGCGGCGCUUCGAGUCGCCCGGCGUGCACUCGGACGACGAUGCGAACAGCGACGCCUCCAGCGCCUGCUCGGAGCGCUCCUUCAGCUCGAGAAACGGCGGCGCRGCCUUCCUGCGUCAGGCCGAGGAYGUGGCCGAGGUCCUGAACCGCUGCGCCAGUGCCAACUGGACCGAGAGGAAGGAGGGGCUGCUGGGACUGCAGAACCUGCUGAGGAGCCAGAGGGUGCUCAGCCGUGUGGAGCUGAAGAGACUCUGUGAGAUCUUCACCAGGAUGUUUGCAGACCCUCACAGCAAGAGAGUCUUCAGCAUGUUCCUGGAGACGCUGGUGGACUUCAUCAUCCUGCACCGGGAUGACCUGCAGGAYUGGCUCUUCGUCCUGCUCACCCAGCUGCUUAAGAAGCUGGGGGCUGACCUGCUGGGGUCCGUCCAAGCCAAGGUCCAGAAGGCCCUGGAUGUCACCAGGGAGUCCUUCCCCUAUGAGCAGCAGUUCAACAUCCUGAUGCGCUUCAUCGUGGACCAGACCCAGACCCCCAACCUGAAGGUCAAGGUGGCCAUCCUGCGCUACAUCGAGGCUCUGGCCUGCCAGAUGGACCCGGCCGACUUCGUCAACUCCAGCGAGACACGCCUAGCCGUCUCACGGAUCAUCACCUGGACCACGGAACCCAAGAGCUCCGAUGUCCGGAAGACCCUUCAGAACUGGGCUGGGGAGGAUCUGUCGGGUCGGACCAGCACCACGGCCUCUCUGCCUGGGGAGGGAAACCUGGAGGAGCGGUGCAAGCAGGCAGCUCAGGUGGUUCUGAUCGCCCUCUUUGAGCUCAACACUCCAGAGUUCACCAUGCUGCUGGGCGCUCUGCCCAAGACCUUCCAGGACGGGACCACCAGGCUGCUGCACAACCACCUGCGGAACGCCAGUGCCAACACCGCCAUCGCCAUGUCUUCUCCCGUUAACUCGGCUGGUCGGACGCCUCCACGUCACYCCGGCAGCCGUGGCAGCCCCCUGACCUCACCCACCAACCACUCCCACGGAGGCCUCUCCCCCAGUCGGCUUUGGUCUUUGAGCUCUGAAGGGCUCUCCAAAUUCCCUCCUCUUCCCCUCUUCUCCUCCCCUCCACCUCCUUCCGCUGCCUCCCUUAAGGCCUCACGGUGCUCUUACUCCCCCAGCAUGUUAGACUACGACACUGAGAACCUGGACUCAGAGGAGAUCUUCAGCUCACUGUGCGGUGUCACCGAAGCCAUCCAGACCUUCAGCACGCGCAGCCAGGAAGACCUGAGGCGGGAUGUGGCGUCCCCGGACUCUGAUCCUCGGCUAUGCGGCAACCCGAUGGAGAGCGGCCGCAUGGCUCUGGACAACAAGACGUCUCUGCUGAACACUCCCUCGCUGCCUUCAUUCACUGGGCCGCGCUUCAGAGACUACAACCCGUCCAACUAUACAGACGGGUCGGCCCAGAAAACCACUCAGUUUGAAGAUGCCGUCGAGCAGCUGAGGGACGGUCGGAGACCAGAGAGUGCUGAAAACAAGAUGAUGAACACCAAGAACUUCCCCGCCGGUCCUGCUGAGCAGCUGGAGCUGGUCAGUGAGCUGCUAAAGGAACUCUCCCAAGGACAGGCCGAGGACCGGGGCCCCAAAGAGCAUCGGGGGACUUUGCUGGAGCUGCUGAAGGUGGCUCGAGAGGACAGUCUCGUGGUCUGGGAGGAGCACUUUAAGACCAUGCUGCUGCUGCUCCUGGAGACGCUCGGAGACAAAGAUCACUUGAUCCGAGCGCUGGCCUUACGGGUACUGAAGGAGAUCCUAAGGAACCAGCCAGCCCGGUUCAAGAACUAUGCUGAGCUGACCAUCAUGAAGACCCUGGAGGCACAUAAAGACUCCCAUAAAGAGGUGGUGCGAGCGGCCGAGGAGGCGGUGUCCACUCUGGCCAGCUCCAUCCACCCAGAGCAGUGCAUCAAGGUCCUCUGUCCCAUAGUCCAGACCACCGACUACCCCAUCAACCUGGCUGCCAUCAAGAUGCAGACCAGGGCCAUUGAACGUGUCACCAAGGAGCCACUGUUGCUGCUGCUGCCGGACGUCAUCCCCGGGCUGCUGCAGGGCUACGACAACACGGAGAGCAGCGUGAGGAAGGCCAGCGUCUUCUGCCUCGUGGCCAUUUACUCUGUGAUUGGAGAGGAGCUGAAGCCUUUCCUGUCCCCACUGACCGGCAGCAAGAUGAAGCUUUUGAAUCUCUACAUCAAACGAGCUCAGACGUCCACCAGCACCAGCAGCAGCUCCUCAGACAUCUCCUCCUACUAACUCUGCAGCUUCGAACACAUCCAGGUCCAGUUUCUGCAGGACCUGGCUCAUUCCUGCAUCUGCUGAUUCCGUCCAGCUUCAGAACCAUCCUCUCCUCUUUGUAGACCCUGAAGAGUUGUUCCUCCAUCGGAGUUUCACAUAAACUGAGGUAGAAACCAGCUUUAGAUUCUGUUUGGUUCCUGGUUCUGAUCUGGAACUGAUGUAGUUCUGAAGAGGAUCCAUGUUUUCUCAAAGAACCUGAGGUGAGGAAGAGGAGGAAACAUGUUAUUGUCAGUAUUUUUUAUUUAUUUUAGGGUUUUAAAACACUUUUUAGAACAAAGUUUAGCUCUGACACAUCAGACCUUUCAGUAAAGUGAAUGUAAAGAGUUUCUCCUUCAUCCAGGACUUCUGCUUCAUCAUGGAGACUGGUUCUGGUUUUUAACUUCUACUAACUGAGCUGUGUUUGAGGUCCAAACCAUAAAGAAGUUGUCUGAAAAUGUGAAGUUAGUCUCAAAUGGCCAAAGAUGCAGAGAUUUAAACUGCAGAAGGAAACUGUUGGAUCUGUGUGACACUUUAUUACAUGAAACUACAGCUUUACAUAAAGUCACUUUGUUUUAACAAGAUGUAGGGAAAAAACAAACCUUAAUGAGAGACGAGUUAAGACAAAUGGAUCACUCUGACAGGAAGUCUUUGUUAGUCUGACAUAUCUUACUGCUUUUAGAUUUAUCAAACAGCUCAAGAUUAGUUUUUACUGACUGUCCAAGUACUGUUGUUCUUACCCAAAAGAGGGCUGGGCUUAUGCUGCGUUCACA